CAAUCAAAAGGACAAAGUGCAAAUAUGAGUACUAUCCUCCCAUUGAAAUAUAUAUGUCCUUGUCUGCAUAUUUUUUGCGGAACGCAGACGUUCUAGGACACUUGUCAGCCCUCUGUAUCAAACUACUUUCUGUUACAAUGCCGCCUGUUCCAUGUUAUCUGACAGAAUGUACAACAAACUUAUCCCAGUACUGACUUGCAUUGUUCACGAGUCGCUCAUCUAGAGGUCAAGUCUCGAGUCAAUUGAUCAUGAGUCUAAGUCAAGUCGCAAGUCAUUUUCUUUGCGACUCUAGUCUGACUCAGACUCGAGUUUCCAUCUCUGAUCCAGUAUCACAUCUAGGGAGGCGCUCAUUCCCUUUUGUUCUGCACAGUGACCUUGUUGAUGGAUUAUAUAACUCUAUACGAGUCUGUAAUCAAUAGGGAGAAGGAUGCAUGUAUUCCAUUGGCCUGCAUCCAUACCAAAUGCCCAAAGCACAAUGGUUCAAUGAUUAGUUUCAGAUAGCCUUUCAAAUUCUGCUGGGAAUAAUGCUUGUUGGUCUAGCAUACCAUAAGAACAUAUCAAUACGGAAACCAUCAUAGAUUGUCACUGCAAUAAGUGACAAUCUGGUGACUCCAUAUGAACUAAAAUGGUAUAGCCCAACCCUCUUUGAAGGGAGCUGAGGCGCUGAGUAGAUAGUCCAAAUGCAUUUAAGCAUAGCAGGUGGCUUACCCUGUAGAAUGUGUUUGUUAUUGUUCAGCAAUGAUAAAAUGGCUAAACUGACCAUCAAGAGGCUGUCACCUGAGGAGGAGUUCCCUGACCUAAGCCAGCACAACAACCACAUGGCCAAGGUCUUAACCCAGGACAUGUACACCAAACUCCGAGACCGUGCCACCCCCAACGGCUUCACCAUAGAUGGUGUCAUUCAGACGGGGAUUGAUAAUCCUGGCCAUCCCUUCAUCAUGACUGUGGGAUGUGUGGCUGGAGAUGAGGAGACAUACGAGGUCUUCAAGGAGCUGCUGGAUCCCAUCAUUGAGGACAGACAUGGAGGAUACAAGCCUACAGACAAGCACAAGACUGACCUCAACCCAGACAACCUGAAGGGUGGAGAUGACCUGGACCCCAACUAUGUCAUUAGCUCCCGUGUCCGAACAGGCAGGAGCAUCCGUGGGUUCUGCCUGCCCCCACACUGCAGCCGUGGAGAGCGAAGGGGUGUUGAGAAAAUGUCAGUCGAAGCUCUGGACUCCCUGUCCGGUGACCUGAAGGGGAAGUACUAUGCCCUGAAGAACAUGACAGAUGCUGAGCAGCAGCAGCUAAUUGAUGACCACUUCCUGUUUGACAAGCCUGUGUCUCCUCUGCUGCUGGCCUCUGGCAUGGCCCGGGACUGGCCUGAUGGCAGGGGUAUCUGGCACAAUGAUACCAAGACCUUUCUGGUCUGGGUCAAUGAGGAGGACCACCUGCGUGUCAUCUCCAUGCAGAAGGGUGGCAACAUGAAGGAAGUGUUCAACCGUUUCUGCACUGGCCUCACAAAGAUUGAAACCCUGUUCAAAGAUAAGGGCACUUCAUUCAUGUGGAAUGAGCACUUGGGCUACGUUCUCACCUGCCCAUCCAACCUGGGCACAGGGCUACGUGCUGGAGUCCACGUCAAGAUCCCCAACAUGAGCAAGCAUGCCAAAUUUGAGGAAGUGCUCAAGAGGCUAAGGCUCCAGAAACGUGGAACCGGUGGGGUGGACACCGCAGCUGUGGGUGGCACCUUCGACAUCUCCAACGCAGACCGCCUGGGCUUCUCUGAGGUGGAGCUGGUGCAAAUGGUUGUGGACGGUGUCAAGCUGCUGGUUGAGAUGGAGAAGAAGCUGGAGAAGGGCCAGUCUAUUGAUGACCUCAUGCCUGCCCAGAAGUGAAACUCUUGAUUGCCUCCCCCUUGUCAUCUGAAUGAAUGUGACGUUAUCCUGGAAUGCACUCUGUAAUAAACAGCACUUACUCACUCAUACAAGACACUCACAUUGAAAGAGGACAUCUGAAAAUAAAAACUGUUUCUUCCA